GCGCUGUGCACGUCACCGAGUGCUGGAUAUCGACCAAAACAAUCGUUUGACCGCGAAUUAAAAAUAAUAGCAUGUGUUAAGUGAACCCAUCGCUACGAAAAUGAAGGGUCGACACCAAUUCCGACGUAGAUUCAGCUUGCAACCCUCUUUUAUGAAAGAUGACACGGAGGAGGAGAGGAAACCGCACAGGCCCGAAAAGGUGGAGCAUACAGUAUCUGGAAGUAACAGCAAUCUCACGAACAGUGCAGUACGCCACAAAAUAGUUGUCAUGGGUGCGGCUAAAGUCGGCAAAUCAUCUCUUAUAUCCCAAUUUUUAUAUGGAACCUUCUCCCAUAAGUAUAAGAGAACUAUAGAGGAAAUGCAUCACGGUGACUUCAACGUAGCUGGGGUCAGACUGACGUUAGAUAUUUUGGACACAUCUGGAGCGUAUGAAUUCCCAGCCAUGCGAGCCCUGUCUAUGCAGUCGGCUGAUGCGUUUAUCCUAGUUUACGAUAUAACAGACUUAGAAAGUUUCGCGGAAGUUCGCGCCUUGAGAGAUCAAAUUCACGAGACUAAGGACAGUACAGCCGUGCCUAUUGUUGUUGUGGGUAACAAAGUUGAUUUAGCUGAAGCUGGAGAGAGACAGGUCGACUUUCACACGACGGAGUCCGUGGUGACCGUCGACUGGGAGAACGGCUUCGUGGAAGCGUCAGCGAAGGAAAAUUUGAAUGUUUCGCAAAUAUUCAAAGAGUUGUUGGUGCAAGCUAAGGUGAAGUACAAUUUGUCGCCCGCGCUGCGGCGGCGAAGGCGGCAGUCGCUGCCGACGGGACCGCAGGGCCCCCCGGGUUCAUCCACGAGCCCUUCGCCGUCCAACGCUCCCCACGUCCCGUCUCCAGCUCAGCUCGCACAUUUGCAACAAAUACGAGAAAGACACGCUAAUAGUAGUAAACGUAAUUCUUGUACCAUUUCUUAAUUAGGUAAUAGAUGAUUGAAUGUAAGUUACAAAGCGACUUCCUAUAAAUCUUUUCCCAAAUGUUUAAUGUUGUAAUUUCAUGUCAAAGAAUAAAAAGAACAUUUGAAGUACUCGUAAAGGAAAUUUUUAAUUGCCUGAACGCUGAUCUCUAUUUCUAUUUUUUUAAGUUUGAUUUUUACAUUUAAUAUUUGUAUAACACUUUUUUAAUUUAUUAGAUUAGAAGAUUAUAAAACCAUUUAAGGUUUGUCAUAAAUGGAAAACUAUUAUAUUAUUCAGAAGUUUCAACUAUUUAAUAUUAUUGUUUACCCGUAUAAACAAAAGUUAUUCAAAUUGGUCAUCAAGACAGAUAAAGUGUAAAUCGUGUGAAGGUUCGUAAAAUUCGUAAUCGUAAAGAAGUCGACCCAUUUAGUGCAUUGCCAUCUUUUUGUGAUGUAAAAUCGGACUUGAAUUUUAAAAUCGUGAAGGGUUUUGCUAAUUCCAUUUCUAAAUGGUAUUAGCAUUUGUUUUUCAGACCGAUGUAAAUUGAAACACAAAUGUUUACACGUUACUCUGUUUUUUCUUUGAUCUUCUGUGAGCCAUCUCUUAACGUAGAACACCAAUAUUAGUAUUAUUUCGUUUAAUUUAGAUUUGAUCACUUGACCUUUAACUUUUUAAUUAAAAGUAUAGAAAAGCCUUUAAAGUUUCAAGCGCUGUUGAAUUGAUAUCUCGUUACCAUCGAAGGCGUGAAUGCGUAAUAAUUAAUUUACAGAAAUUCACGCGACCUCCCCACGCCCCACGCGUUUACACUUUACUCGGCUCGUUUGGUCUACCGUUAUUAAAUAUUUAUUUGUUUAGGAUAAUACCUCUUCAUUAUGGAAUUAAAUUUGUAACUACUUAAUUAAUACUGUAUUGUAACAAACAUUUUAACGAUAACGCUUUUUAUGACUAAAUACUAUUACUAAAUUGAAUCGUUAAAAUUAACUAUUAACAUAAACAGAACAUGAUCGAGUAUACAAGUUGAGACUUAAUAUUAAUAUGUAAUUACCUCAGACAAGCAGCUCAUUUAAGCCUUUGACAAGAUAUGUGUGGAAUUGCUAUCUAAUCUUCUCCAACCGAAUUAGUUUCAUCUUUGUACAAUUUACAUGGUUAUUCAAGCACCUGCCGAUUACCUCUUUCGACGAUAACUAUAUUAAACAAAAACAAAAUCAUAUUAAAAUUUUCACUUCUACAUUUAUACCCCACGAAGUUUACACUACUUCUUUUAUCAUUUAAUCCCAUCUUAUUCAAUCCAUUUUUAUUCUAGAGUCCAAGUUAUCUGUGAAAUAAAAUAAUAUUGAUGUUACUCCAGUAGAUACGAUUCAAUUGCAUAAUAUUUUAUAAUGAUUUUAAAUUUUACAACUACUAUAUAAUUUUUCAGGUGUAUGAAUGUGCCUUUUUAUAUAUUCUUAGUUUUAUUGUAGAUUAUAUUGUACUUUUUGUAUGUCGUACAUUUUUAUUGAGAAUUGCAGUCGCAUAGAUCAGGGUUAUGUUAUUGAUUAAAUUAUUGUAUCUAGGUGUUCCAUAAAAUGACGACUUUAUUUUAUUGCCACGUAAAUAUAGUAUCUACUGCUUUUUUGCAUAUAUUGAUUUUAAGACUGUGCGAUAGUAGGUAAUUAAUGUGUAUUUUAAAAUUAAUGUAAUUAAUGAAAUGUAUCUUUUAAAUUUUACAUAAAAUUUAUGUAGUGUUUUUAUGAAUGUUUAAAGUACUACCUACUACGUCGCCAGUAUAAAUGGAAAUGAAAACCAAAUAUAGCAUAAUAUUCUUGUUCUUAUAGAUCUUUAUGGUGGACGUUUGAGGACUUAAAUUAGACAGUAUAAAUGUUGUAUAACACCAGAAUGUAAAUAGGAUUUUUGUAGAUUUCUGUUAGACUAAGUAAUUGGGAGUGACCGUUGUUCUUUCCAGAACUUUACCGGAAAAUAAUAACUCAGAUACCUACUUAUAGAAAAGCUACAAGUGUAGUACGAUUCAGAAUAAUAGUUUACAGUCGAAGAGUUAUUUCUAAAUACAUAAUAUAUUGAGAACUUUCUAAUCUCGAUUGACAUUUUAAAGCAAUCCAUACUAAUAUUAUAAAUGCGAAAGUAACUCUGUCUGUCUGUCUGUCUGUUACUCAA